AUGGAGCUCUUUCGUACAGAUACACAUUACAUCUUCGUAAAAGAGAGGCAUAGUCUGUGGUGUGAAAAAUUUACUGGUGAGCUCUCCGCUAAAUCGGAUUGGGAAUGGGCAAGUGCAUUAGACUUAGAAUGCCUUGGAUUCUUUUACGGAAUUGUGGGGAAAAUCGAACAAACUUCAGUUCUAGAACCUCGUUUGAUGUUAAUAAAAGAAGUCGCCUCGGUUGGAGAAUUGCAUGGAGGGCAUGUGGUCUACAAAAUAAAAUCGAUCGCUUUUUUGAAUCUACUGUCUGAAAAUACAGACAUAGGGCUACUUCCUUGCAAAAAGCACCAAAAUGUACCAAAAAAGAAAGUGGGUGGAAUGUUUGAUGUAACCCAGAAAGCUGGGUUUGCCAAAACUUGGGGCACAAUUAAAAGUGCUACUAACACUAUAAAAAAUACAACGCAACAAGCCGCUGCCCUUGCCACUUCUCAGGUCAAAUCUACAGUAACAAAACGAAGUGGAGUCAAAGAUAAAGAGAAAUUCGAGAAGCGAAUUUUAGAAGAGUUAAACAAAAUAUUCACAGAAACGGAUUCUUUCUUUUUUUGUCAAACUGGGGACAUUACAAAUUCCUUACAAAGACAGUGUGCUAGAGAAAUUCAGCGAGAUAAAAAGGAUCUAAAUCAGCCUCUUUGGAAAAAAGUAGACGAUAGGUUUUUUUGGAAUAAGCACAUGCUGCUAGAUCUCUUCAAUCUGAAGACUGAGAAAGCGGACUGCUGGAUCUUACCAAUAAUUCAAGGAUAUGUACAGAUAGAAAAGUGCAAAGUAGAAGUAGGGUUCGAUGACCAACCUCAACACGAAAUAUUUAACUUGGCGAUAAUAUCCAGGAGAAGUAGAUUUCGAGCUGGAACUCGAUAUAAAAGACGUGGAGUCGAUGAAGAAGGCAAGUGUGCGAAUUACGUCGAGACUGAACAAUUAGUUUGGUACCAUGAUCAUCAAGUAUCCCUUGUUCAAGUUCGAGGAAGUGUCCCUGUUUAUUGGUCACAACCUGGUUAUAAAUAUAAACCACCGCCUCGAAUAGACAAAGAUGAAGCAGAAACACAGGUCGCUUUCGAGAAACAUUUUACGGAAGAGCUUAAUUGCUAUGGACCUAUUUGUAUAGUUAAUCUAGUCGAGCAAGCAGGCAAAGAAAAAGUAAUUUGGGACGCAUACAGUAAUCAUGUACUUAAUUACAAUCAUCCAGAUCUCACAUACGCCAUUUUUGACUUUCAUGAAUACUGUCGUGGAAUGCACUUUGAGAACGUAUCAAUUCUUAUCAAUGCACUCGCUGGUGUCGUAACUGACAUGGGAUACUGUUGGCGAGAUAAGCAAGGAACAAUUUGCACGCAAAAAGGAGUAUUUCGUGUAAACUGCAUAGAUUGCUUAGACAGAACGAAUGUAAUUCAAACAGCGUUAGGAAAAGCUGUCAUGGAAAUGCAAUUUUCGAAACUUGGUUUAAUUCCUCCGGAUGGCACAUUGCCCACAAAUCUUCGACAAACCUUUCAAUUGCUUUGGGCUAAUAAUGGAGAUAUCAUUAGCAAACAAUACGCGGGAACCAAUGCUUUAAAGGGUGACUAUACGAGAACUGGAGAAAGAAAGUUCACUGGGUUAAUGAAAGAUGGAAUGAAUUCUGCAAACAGAUAUUACCAACAACACUUUUUGGAUGACAUACGUCAAGCGGCGAUAGACAUCUCACUAGGGUAUUCGAUCGACACUGACCAGCUGAACAUCGAUUGGUCACAUUAUUUAGAUAUUCUCGAUAAUUGUUGUCUUGAACUUAUACCCGCAAAACCACCAAAAAUAGAACUUCAACUCAAUACUCAUCCAGAUAUUCUUUAUGCUACUGCCAUGUAUAAUUUAACAAGAUACUAUUUGAAUAGAUUCAAGGACGUCUAUAGACAAGCAACAAUCGAUAUGAUGCUGGGUAAUCCAGUAAGCGAGGAUAUAUUCCAAGAGCGCACCGAUGAAGAAGACAAUGCAGCGACGGCAGUUCAUGUAAAGCUCUUAAUCGAAGAUUGCAAAAAGUUAUUGAUACCCGACCUGGAUUCAAUUCUUGGCAGUUGGGGACUGAUUGACGCUGAUCCAGUAACUGGAGAUCCGACGGAGACGGAAAUAGACACCAUUCUAAUUUUAACGCACGAUAGUUACUAUGUUGCUGAUUACGACGAGCAUAUUGAUAAAGUAACUAAUUACCAAAGGGUUCCACUCACUGAUAUUGUUUUGAUGGAGUGUGGCCAACCUGAAAACACUGUCUCUCUUUUCAAAAACAAACAUCACUAUUGUGUUAGAAUCAGUUACAAAAUAGAAAGCGAUUAUGGAUAUUUUCAUAUGUUUCGCAGUACGAAUUUACGAUUCUUUAACAACAUGGCGAUAGUGAUCAAAAAUGAGGAAGAGGCCAUAGAAUCUUUAAAAGCAAUCGCAGAAGCAAUUGCUGUGGCGAUGGAAAUCGCAGGGUUACCCAAAAUACCUCUAGCAAUGAAUGUAACUUUGGACAAACGAAAGAGCAAAUUAGUCAACUCCAAAGGCCACACAGGACUCCUGGAUAUUUCUAAUUUUCCAGAAUUAACGAGGAAUGUUUCGGAAACGCAAUUGUUGGCUCUUAAAAGUGCAGGAACAAAGGCUUUGAGUAACAUGACUGAACAGUUUAGCAAGCUAAACAAAUUCGGCCACAGUAUUACCUCCAAGAAUCCAAUGAACCUCGCAAAAAAUUUGAGCAAUAAAAAGUCGGAGGCAACUGGUAAGCCCACCUUUACACUUGGCGACAGAGACAUUGCUGGAAAUUCAACCGGGCAAUCGAACAAUAGUAGCAGCAGUAACAGUAGUAAUGAAGACAUAGAAAUGGUUCCAAUUCGAAUGGAGAAGCCAGACAAUUAUGAGCACGACAAAAAACUCAUGGAGGGAUACACACCGACUAUAGGAAUAAUUAUGGGUGUGAAAAACGAUGCCAUAGUCGAGACUAACCAGGAUGGAAAUUUAAGUCACGAUUACGCACUUGCCAAGGACCAAAAGAGUGUCUCCGAAAAUGCGAGGAAAAAUCUUGCUGUGGGUGGGUUGAAUCUGAUUCCUCAUUCACAGUCUGGAUCAAACUUUUCAUACCGUUCUCAACAUUCUAUGUCUGCAACGACACCGGAAAUUACGAUUCAAGGUGUCGAGGAUGGAGCUGAUGACAGAGAGAAAAACGUUCCACCUUCUAGUUUGAAUCUUACAAAGAAUAUAAGUCAUUCUUCUGGGGAAGUUGAUGGCAAAGUUGUUUCUACAGAUUCAAAGAGCGUCACUCUCCAGAUGGAUAAUAGAAUGUAUGAUAAAAAAAGAUCUACUUCGGAACAAGAUUUAGUACUAACCAUUUCUUCAUCGCAGAGUGAGUCUGCUCUGAAAUCGAUAAUCACUGGUGUAACCAGUCCCGUAGCGGCAACCUCGAAAGAUAUUUUGUCACCCUUCUCGAAAUUCGCCAAAGGAGUUCAGAAUUUAGGAGCGAAUCUAGAUCCUAGGAAACUGAAGCCUGCACAGAUAGGAAUGCCCAGGAACUUGUCUGAGCAUCACUUGGAGCAACGGGAAAAACUUCAGGAACGUUGGGUGAAGUGUAGAUCCAAAUUGAUAGCCCUUUAAGCUUCAACAAAGGUCUCUCAAAUUACUUCCCUCACUUAAAUUUAAUCUUAGGUACCUUCCUGCUACCCGUACUAAUAAGUGUAAAUAAAAAAGUAAGGCGUUAUCUUGAUUUUUUUUUCUUAACAAUUUUUAAUUAAUCAAAUAUCGAAGAUGUUUAUUAGUUAUCUCACUCCAAAUUUGUUUAAAUAGUUCAUAAAAUCGAAGAAAAUAGACAUAUUGUUGAAUAUGUAAUUGUUUAUUUAACAAUAUUUAAAGCACUGAGAAGGACAGAUGGGUAAAUCUCAAAAAUAAAAUUUAACAGGAGAAACAUGAAAAGUUUUAUGUGAUAGGAUUCAAAGUACCUAAUUGCCAUUCUCAAUUUUUUUUAUUAUUUUGUUUAUGUUUUACUCUAAAUCAGAAGAAGUGCUUUGAAAUGGCAAAGAAAAAUUAUUUUCGAUAACAGUAGCCUUUACUUGGUUGUCAUCCUGAGUGCAUCAGUCAUGGUGCCAAAAAGCAGGUCUCUGGAAUCAUGUCUGAUGAUGUCUCUUCUUACCAAUAUUAAAAAAAUGGCUGAAUUUUAUUGAUUUAUGGCUUAUUUCUUUGGGAAAAUAUGCUUUAUAAUACUAAAUUUCAAUUUUGUAAAAUAAGUAAAGAAUCUUCAGGUGUGAAGUUCUUAAAAAAUAAUGUUUUGUAUUCGAAAUUAAAUCAUCAGAAAUAUUGCAAUGAUUCUUAAAAUCAUAAAAAAUCUAUUUUUUAGAGAUCUGACUUUUGGCAUAACUGUCUUUAAAUAUUACCUACAAAGUGAGCUACCAAAGAUAUAGAUUAAAUCAUAAUUAUGAUUUUGUUAUAUUGAGGAAGAACAAAAUUUGAAAUAACUAAUGUUAAAUAAACACUUAUAGGUGAAAACUUUUAAAAUUGGUUACAUUUAAACUGAAUAUUUCUAUCGAUUUUAUAAAUUAUUCUCAAGAUUAUUGAAUUUCGAGGUGAGACAACUAUCAGACAUCAUUAAGAAGAGAAUUUGAAAAUUUUUUAACGUUUAAUAUUUGAAACAUUAUGGUAAAUGUAAGCCUCUAAAUAUUUUAUGUAUAGAACAUUUUUAAUGAUUGUUUAUACGAAGCAAGGAAAAAAAUUCAAUUUAAAAAAACUUUAACGUGUUACUACUACAUUUACAUUUUUUUAAAUUAACGCGUUACUUACGAAUACUGUUGAUUUGCAACGUGGCUAUAAUUUUUUGCCUCUAAUAAUGCAAGUAAAUUCAUCAUUAUAAAAAAUAAUACAUUUUAACAUAAUACUAAUCUAAUCAAGAACACCAAUAAGUAUAUCAGGUUAACUUUUCAGAAUUAGAAGUUACGCGAUAUGAAUGUGAACUUUUAAAGAGCAAAUUCGCUUAAAAUUCUUCAUAAAGGAAUUGCAAUAUUUUAUAAGUAUGGCGAUUUUAAGUCAUUUCGACAUUUUUAUGGCCUGUUUAUAUUAAGAUGAAUGUCCUAGUAAUCGUGGCGGUCCCAAAUAUCGGGACAGUUGGUUAUAAUUUGAAUAUAUCAUUGUUCCAAAAUAUGUUAAAGCGAACAUCUAAUGAUAAAAUCCAUUUACAUAUUUUUAGCAUUUUAUAGUAUUAAAUUUCAAUGCUUUGAAAAUAGAUAACGAGCAAUAAAAUUGAGGUCGCGAUUAUUUAGACUUUUACCUUGCAUCGGUUAUUUUCUAAGAUGUAAUAAUAAUUAUAUCCACGUUGCGUGCUCGGCAUGCUUCAAUUUACUGAGCAUUUUUUACUCUACUAAUCUUACACGAAAAGUACAAUGCAGUCAAUAUUGUUCUAGUAGCCGAUUUAUGUUGAAUUGUUUUUUGAGGUUUCUACGACUUUUUAAAAUCACAAAAACAAUUCACUUCUAUUAAUUCCAGCUUUAUAAAAAGUAUUUUUACAUUAUUUACAAAUGAAAAAACGGACAGAUGUGCAAUGAAACAUUUUUGAGAUUAUGUGGAAAUAUAAAAUUUAUUUAAUUUAAACACGUCUCAAAAGGAAACAGAAUUCUGCGUUAAAAACGCGGGAAAUGUUCUAAAGUUAAGGCAAAGUUCUUGCUGUAUAAUUGAAUCGUUCAUGAGAAAGAUUACAGUUUCUCUUGAAAAUUUUCGUGUCGAUUUACUGACAAGUAACCAAGAUUAGAGAUGAAAUUUUAGAUUUAGAGUUAAUGGAAUGCAUUUGUUUAUACAGCAAGUUAAAAAACGAAGCUUUGUAGUCAAUUAUGUAAAUAACAAAUGACUAAGUUAUGGAUAAAUAUCAGACGUUAGACACUUUUUUGUUCUAAAUAAAAUUUAGUCUUAUAUUUUUUGUCAUCUUUGACGAAGAGAGUGAUCUUUAAAACAAAGAUGUGAGCUUCAUAGAGACUGAAUAACGAAUUCAAUGAUUAUAAACAUCGAGUCUUUAGUUCGAACAGAAAAAUUCAUGUGUAGAGUAUUUGUACAAAUGUAAAUUAUUAUCACGGUGAUAUUAACAAACAUUUUUGUUUUUCACUGCCGUUUUUAUCUUCUAUUUAGUGUUCUUCAUUUAGCUGUGUAUGUGCAUAGGCCAGAAGUAUUAUAGCAGUGUUAUAUUGACGUAGAAUAUUUAAUUCAACUUUUUAAUGAUUGCACUUGAGAUAAUGAAAAUUAAGACAACUCUUUCAUAAAUUGUCACGUGACUAUUUUAUUUCAUUAUUUUUUAGAGCAAAGUUCUCUUUUUCCUUAUCAAUUUGCCAAAUUAAAUGUAUACUUGCAUAUUUCUAAGACUUAUGAAUUUCUUUCUUCCUUACUUGUUUCUAACUAGAACACGUUAUGGCUGGAAAAAGUUUGAAUGAAAGUUCUAAGUAAAUAGGAUUUUUUCCUGUUUAUGGUAAUAUUGCAUGCCUCGAAAAUUUUAAGAUCAAAACGACAAUAAUUGAUAGGGCGCUUUUUCAAAUAGUUUUUCAUUAGGGUUAUUAGGCAUAACAAUUAAAAGUAAUGUACUUUUUAAAAUGACCUUAAACAAACUUCUUCGAUAUUUAUAUUCAAUAGAGAAAAUGUUAUUAUUUUAUAAAAAAUAUGCCAUUAACACAGUUUUCAAUUAAAUGUGCCGAAUGGUUUCAUUUUAAUUAAAUUAAAAAAUCAAUUAUUUUCAAAAACCACCUCUGUCAUUGUUUUUAUUUCGAUCUUAAAAUAUUCAUAGGUUGAAAGACAAUCACAACGAAUAACAAAAAAAUCAAUUUGAAAUCAAUCAGUUUGAAAAUGUCUUAAUUUCUUAGUAAUUAAAUACAAAAAUGUACUUUUUUCAAAAAGCGCCCAAACGAUUAAUUUAAUUAUUAUCUUAAAACUUUUCUGGAGUGUCAUAUUACCAUAAGCAAUAAAACAAUCCCAUUUAUUUAAAACUUGUAUUUAAACAUGGUUCAGCUCCACUCUGAAAAAUAAAGAGGUUCUCCUAUUUUUGAACGUUCUCUGGAAAUUGGCUUUUAUAUUUAUGUAGUGAGUUUUUGACUUGUGGAAAAACUACUUGAAUAAGUAGCAAUUAUUUUGUUGAAGCUUUAAUUUCUGAGAGGUAGUCUGUGAUAAAUGUCUGUAUGAUAUGUAAAAGCAAAUAGAAUGAAGCUACAAAUUCUGUAAAUCCUGCAUUCCUAGAAUCAUGUGAUUUUUGUGUAGUAGAUUAGCUACGCCAGAAUGGGUUAUGAUCCAAAGCAUUCAUUCCAGAAGCUUGCCCCACUAAUGACAUUACAUUUAAUGUUAUUCAUGUUUUUGUAGGCAGCAGAAUUAAUAUUGUAGAAAAUCAAAGACGGUAGAUUUUCUGCAGGUUUAUGAACGUAAUAUCAUUUGUAAUAAGAGGUUCCUUUGAAGCUCACUCAUUGGUGCAUAAGCUGCAGUUAUUGCCAAUCAGUAUCUCUUAUCAAUUAUAGAUCAUAUAUACAAUACAGUGCAUAUACAGUAUUCUAAUAGCUGAAGACGUAUGAUAACUGAUAAAAAGAGCAAAAACAACGCAUGAACAAUAAUUUUAGUGUAUUUUGUAGGAUAUAGGGGCUUUGUACGCUUUAUUGAUAUGUAAUUCGAGUUUGAAUAGAUUGUAAAUGCAAAUGUGACAAGUGGCGAAAUUAAAAAGCAGUUUUAGAAAUUCAUCAAAAUAAAAACGCAUUGCAAUUAAA